GUUCAGAAUCCAUGGCCCGUCGUCGUCGUCGUCUACUGUUCACUCAUCGCAAAUCAUCAAGAGCCGCAGAAAGACAGCUAGGAGGAGACCCAGACGCGCCGUCAAAGGCGCAGUUUAUGUCCUGGUCCAAGUUUGCACGGUUUGUUAUGCCAGAUGUAGGAGGCGUGGACCAUGAAAUCAAAGUCAAUGACGAUGUCCUCGUCUGGCCACAGGGACGACUGAUCAACGAGACUUUAAAGAUGGACGAUUACUGGGUGGCCAAAGUGCGCGAUAUACGAUCAUCAGAGGAACAGCACGAGGAUGUGUGGGUUCGGGUCCAGUGGUACUACUCGCCGCGGGACGUGGCUGAUGUGAUCAAGUAUUUUAACGCCGAAUUAUGUGGACAACAUGAACGGAUCUUCUCCGAUCACUACGACUAUAUCCACUCGACGACUAUAGACGGUCUUGCUACCAUCAAAGGUUACAGUGACAUAGAUAUGGAGCAGGAUGUCAUAGAGAAGGAUUCUUAUUGGUGCCGGUAUACCUUUGAGAGAGAAGCGCGAACACUUGAGCCAAAGCCGACCAAGUCGUGUAUCUGUCAUCACCCAUACGACCCAGACGACGACACCGUAGUCAUGCAUUUUUGUCCUCGCCCAGGCUGCCGGAAAGCAUACCAUCAAUCCUGUCUUGUAAAAGAAAAGUUCAAAGAACCAGUCUCACUGGAUCGACCGUUGCGGCUCCUUUUGUCUUCACCGGAUAGCGAUGAGCCAUUCGUCGUCCCAGUUAAACAGUCUACUCGCUCAAAGAGGGCCGCGGCCAAACGGACGAUUGAGGAACUCCUGACAGAGCUCCCGAAUGAGCUGGUCAGGGUGGCGAAGCAACCUAUAGUGAAAGGCGCAAAGUACCCGCUAGGCGGGAUUGUUGGGAAUGUAACUUGGGUGGUCACCGCAAGGCGGUUGGUGUACGAUGCUCUCAGUGGCUUUGGUGUCCCGGACGACUGGAAAGGGAGUAUAGACUGCUCGAAGGCUAUUGUAAAGUUCAAAGACAAUAAUGUCAUUCCAGCUGUGAUCUGUCCCCAGUGCGAGGGUCCGAUAUGAUUUUUUGAAGUAUCUGUACACCUGCUAUCUUGCUAGAUGUUGUAUUUUUUAUGGGCUGUAUAUAUAUUGGGGGCAUCCACCUGUCAU